UAUUAGAAUUGGCGGAAUUUAUUGAAGAGAGGUUGAAAGAGCUUAAUGUAAAAAUGUUCGACUACUCACAAUUUAGCGAUCUUAAACUUAUUGGAGUUGGAGGAUCCGCAAAUGUGUAUUCUGCUAAGUUCUAUGGGCAAAAAUUUGCGCUGAAAAGUCUGAAAAAUACUUUAAUAUUAGAACAUAAAGAAGCUAUGUCGUUCAUUCACGAGUCUUAUACUUGGACAUAUUAA